GAAGCACUUAACAGUAGCCUAAUAGGUUAAAUUGGCUGUACUUUGAUUCUUCCUGUUUUACUAACGCCUCAACGGUUCUUAAGAAAUGUCCGACAGUCCUUGAAGGCAUCAAACUUUAGCUCAGUGGUUAGCAUAGUUCCGCUCGGGUUCGCUUCGUUGCGUCUGCGCUGUUCGGAUAAACGGAUGUGUUUCACUGAUCAAUGGCUCAGAUGGACCUCAGACAGCAUGUUUUAUCUGCGGGCAGGGCGGUUCUGGACAUGAUGGAGCGGGAGUGGCAGCCUCUGUCAGCCGGAGAGCUGGAGCUUCGGCUGGACCAGGUGGUGGAGGGUAUCUUGGAGUCUGACCUGGUUGGGAAAGUCGAAACGCAGCCUUCUUCAGAUGUUUACGUACAGUUACUGCAGAGUAAACCGAGCCCCGGUCCCCAGGCUUUUCCCACAGCGGCUGCGUUAACUGGUCCCACCGAGGAAGGAGCGACAGCGUCCGAGGCGGACAGUGAAGCAGUCAGGUGCAUCUCAGAGCUGCUUCAAAGCUCCAAAUCCAUGGCCCGAUUGGCUGGACGGGCUCGCUUGUCUUUGUCCCACACUGUCCUCCUGUCUCUGUCCCUGCUCUCUGAACGGGUCAGCUACCGCUCCGUGUCCCGCCGCUUCCAGCUGGAGAAAGGAAAUAUCCACAGGAUCUUCUUCUCUUUCUGCGAGCGGAUCAGCAACCUCAAGGAGGAGCAAAUCAGAUGGCCAGUUGGAGAGGAGGCUGCAGAGGCACUUUUCCCAUUUUCCAGUCUGGUUGUAAAAAAAGAGCAGGAUGAUGGACGUUGUUUUCCUCAGGUUCUGGGAGUAUUGGGACACACACAGAUUCCUAUCCGUCUACCUGUAGGAAAACAUGCCCUGGAGAGCGUAGGACCUGCGGAGAAGAGAAAGAAGAAGAAAGCCCAUCCUGACUGCUGGUUAAACCUGGAGCUUGUGUGCAGCUGUAGAGGUCAGUUCCUGCACUGCAGAGUCAGUAAAGGCUCUAAUGUGGAUCGAGGCAGAAGACUGAGAGACCGACUCAAACAGAACCCUGAACUGAUGCCGCCGGGCUCCUGCCUUGUAGCCAGAGCCGGCUACCCCCUAACUGCACAGAUUCUAACCCCUUACACACACAGCAACGGACCAGACCAGGAACUCUUUAACCAAACCUUGGAGGAACACUGUCAGAUCCUGGAUCAGGCGGUCAGCAGCCUGAAGGUCAGAUUUAAGCGGCUCACCUAUCUGGACAUCGGAAACUACGACCGAGCCGGGACUGUCGUUUACACUGCAUGUGUGUUACACAAUGUGUUCGUGCAGAUGGGACAAGAGCUUCAAGGGGGGUCUGAGACAGAGAGUACUGUAACCCUGGAGGAGGAGGAGCAGGAAGAAGAUGAGGAGGGAGUACAGAGACGUGAUGUAGUUGCAGAUUUGCUGUUGACGAAUGGUAAUUCUGGAAGAACGUGAUUUCGUGUUGACAAAAAUACAUGAGGUAAUAAAGAUUUAUGCUGACAGAA